UUCCUGGCGCUCUACCGCUUCGCCACGCCCGCCGACAAGCUGCAGCUCGUGCUGGGCGCCGUGUUUGCCGGCGUCAACGGCGCCAUCUUCCCGUGCAUGGCGCUGGUCUUCGGCACGGCAAUCAACGCCUUCGCCCAGGCGGACAGCGGCGUGGACCGCGACGCCGUGAACCGCGCCGCGCUCUACUACUUCCUCAUCGCCGUGGCGCUGUUCGCCACCGACUGCCUGGCCUACAUCCUGUUCUGCAACUCGGCCGAGCGCCAGAUGAAGGCGCUG